AUGAGGCAAUUCAGUAAUGCACAAACUGCAGAGACUCGUUUUUCUGGCACCAUUUCAUCCUCAUCUCUCAGAAACUUUCUUCCCAGACCAUUCUCUUCCAAGCACAAACCCACUUCAAACUCAAAAAUCCCAAAUUCAGAAGCAGAGAAUACUCCCCCCACCGAUCCCAACAUCUUGAUCAACCAAGACCAGUCGUUGCCCUCCACAAUCAAGCAAUCACACUCCAAAACCUCAAUUUCUCAGAACAACCUCCACCAAUCGAAAACCCCCCUUGAUUCCGACCCCUCAGUGAAGGUUGUAGUCCGAAUCAGACCUACCAGUAACAAUGGAAUAGAGGGAGAUCGAACUGUUAAGAAGGUUUCUGCUGACACCUUAUGUGUUGGAGAUAGACAAUUUACCUUCGAUUCAGUUUUUGAUUCGAACACCAAUCAGGAGGAUAUUUUUCAGUCAGUGGGUGUCCCCUUGGUUAAAAAUGCUUUAGCUGGUUACAACACUUCAGUUCUGUCAUAUGGCCAGUCUGGAAGUGGAAAGACUUAUACAAUGUGGGGUCCCCCUAGUGCCAUGUUUGAGGAGCCCUCGCCUCAAAGUCACAAGGGAAUUGUUCCUCGGAUCUUCCAAAUGCUGUUUUCUGAGCUUGAUAGAGAGCAGCACGUGUCUGAUGGGAAACAAUUCAACUAUCAAUGUCGAUGUUCUUUUCUUGAGAUAUACAAUGAGCAAAUUGGGGACUUACUUGAUCCAACGCAGCGCAACCUGGAGAUGAAAGAUGAUUCCAAAAAUGGGUUGUAUAUAGAGAAUCUAACCGAGGAAUAUGUUACUAGCUAUGAUGAUGUGACACAAAUUCUGAUUAAGGGACUUUCCAGCAGAAAAGUUGGAGCUACAAGCUUAAAUUCUAAGAGCUCUAGAUCACAUAUCAUUUUCACUUUUGUGAUUGAAUCUUGGUGUAAGGGAAUAUCAUCGAAUGGUUUCAGUAGUUCAAAAUCUAGCAGAAUUAGCCUUAUUGAUCUUGCCGGACAGGACAGGAACAAAGUUGAGGAUGCAGGCAAGCAAUGUCUAAAGGAAAGUAAAAAUGUAAAGAAGUCCUUAUCUCAGCUGGGGCAUUUAGUGGAUGCCCUGACUAAAGAAACUCUCUCCGGAAAAGCAGAAGAAUUUUCAAACGGGAAUUCCUGUUUAACGCAUUUACUACAAGAAUCACUUGGUGGAAAUGCCAAACUUUCAUUAAUCUGUUCCAUCUCCCCCGAUAACAAGAAUAAUGGCGAAACGCUGCGCACACUCAGGUUUGGACAGCGAGUAAGAACCAUUAGAAAUGAACCUGUUAUCAAUGAGAUAAAGGAAGAUGAUGUUAAUGAUUUAAGUGAUCAAAUCCGGCAACUGAAGGAAGAACUUAUUAGAGCAAAGGCUGAGGUUCGUUGCUCGGAUGGGAGUAAAAAUGGAUACUUUCAAGGACGUAAUGUACGGGAAAGUCUUAAUCAGUUGCGUUACAGCUUAAACCGCUCCAUACUCCUACCUCGCAUUGAUAAUGACACUGAUGAAGAGGUAAAUGUGGACGAGGAAGACAUAAGGCAGUUACGCCAGCAGAUUGAUGAAUUGUAUCAUUCCUGUGAAGAGAAUCCUAAAAACAUACCUGUCAAUGAAGAUUGUGUCCAGUAUUAUUCUGUUGCAGAAAAUUGUGAUGCAGAUAUAACCAGUGGUGAUGAAAUUGAGAUAGAGGACGAAGUAUGUUUUGAAGAAACACUGAGUAAGCUUUGUCCCGAGGAAAGUGAGGGAUCAAAUGCUACCUUGUAUGCUUCAGCUGAUGACUUUGCAAGUAACGCCUCAAGGUCAAUUAAAUCUACAUUCAGAGAUACCAUUUCAGUUAGCUCAUGUGGUCGAUCUCCAAUACUUGAGGAACCAAAGUUGUCCGAGUCUCCAAAAAUCAGAAAUGUUCAGAGGAAAAGUGUGGCUUAUUCAUCAAGUUGUCUUGGAAGUUGGAACAAUGUGGCAGAGGAGAAUUUGAGUUCCACUAAAGAUAUAUUAGGACAAUCAUUUAACGAGGGUGAGAAGAUGCGAUCCUCGCUGCGAUCAAGCAAGGUUUUUCCAGGUCCUACUGAAUCCUUGGCCGCAAGCCUUCACAGGGGAUUGCAGAUAAUCGAUUUUCAUCAGCGAAACUCAGGAUUAAACAAAUCUUCCGCUUCUUUCUCUUUUGAUCACUUAACCUUGACACCUUGCUCAGAAACAGACAAGGACGAUUCUUGUGAUCAAAUAACGCAACAGAAGAAAUAUUCUGAUGAUGAAAGAACUGCUACCUUGCUUUGUGAACCUUGCCGUAAAAGAAUAUACAAUCAGGAUUCUACUGAGGUUCAAGGAAACGUAAAAUCAAGGAUUGAGCCAGACGAAGCAGAAAAUCCAGAUAGACUGACAGAUAAAGUUUCAAAAGAUUCCCAGAGUAUACUGGAAGAAGCGAUCGCAAGAGAAAAGGAGCUAGAGAAUGUUUGCAAGGAGCAAGCUGCUAGAAUUGAAGAACUAAAUCAAUUGGUAGAGAAACUGAAAGGAGAAAAAGAACUAAAUUCUUCCAUCAUCGUGUAUGAUCCAGAGAGCAACAAACAGACUAGACAUGAAGAGAAUAACUUGUUGAACGAUGAAGAAAAGCUUCCAAGAGGCACUUCACUAGUCAAGUGUUUAACAGAUAUUGUAGAGGAAAAAUGUGAAAUUAAGGAAGUCCAGGAAGAAGUAACUCAAAGAGAAAGCUCUUUUGAUGCAUCUGAGAAGGAAGAACUUCUGAAGGAGAUUCAAAAUCUAAGAAGCAAGCUGCAAAUAUGUAGCGAUGCACCAGUUAGAAAGUCCACCGACAAACUAAGAUCGUCCUUGUCAUUAACGUCAAGAUCCAUUCAACAGCGAAAAAGUGCUGUAUUAUCUCACGAUAAUGGUGAAGAUGAGCUACAGAAAGAGAGACAGAGAUGGACAGAAAUGGAAAGUGAGUGGAUUUGUUUGACUGAUGAACUAAGAGUUGAUCUCGAGUCCAGCCGUCAGCGGGCAGAGAGGGUGGAGAUGGAACUGAGUUUAGAGAAAAAGUGCACUGAAGAGUUAGACGAUGCACUAAAAAGAGCAGUUCUUGGGCAUGCUAGAAUGGUGGAACACUAUGCCGACCUCCAAGAAAAAUACAAUGAUUUGGUUGCAAAGCACAAUGCUAUAAUGGAAGGCAUAGCAGAGGUGAAGAGAGCAGCGGCGAAGGCUGGGAAGAAGGGUCAUGCCCGCUUUGCCAAAUCUCUAGCUGCUGAGCUUUCUGCAUUGAGGGUGGAGAGAGAAAGGGAAGCAAAGUUCUUAAAAAAGGAGAACAUGAAUCUCAAGAUUCAACUUAGAGAAACUGCAGAAGCUGUUCAUGCUGCUGGGGAACUCCUUGUCAGACUAAGAGAAGCUGAGCAUGCAGCGUCUAUUGCAGAGGAGAAUUUCACAAAAGUGCAACAACAUAAUGAAAAGCUAAAAAAGCAAAUGGACAAGCUGAAAAGAAAACAGAAGAUGGAGAUGAUUACCAUGAAGCAGUACCUUGCAGAGAGCAAAUUACCAGAGUCUGCACUGCAGCCACUAUUUAGAGAGGAUUCUGAUGUGGUUCACAACAAUGCAACUUCCCAUGACGAUCAGGCAUGGAGAGUAGAAUUUGGAGCAAUCUAUCAACAGCAUUAUUAA